UAAUUCGUGUUACUCGGUUGGCCAUGACGUUUCUGGUUGCAUUAUAAAAAAUAAACGUAUGAAUUUAUUUGCAUGUCACUGCCACCAAUAAAAAGAUGAGGGGUGUCGUCAAUGCAGUUUACUUGCAGUUCAGCACGCAUCUGGAGAAAAGUGGAGAAAUAAUUUUAAAAAUUUGCUACAAAUUAUUCAGAAAUAUUUCAACUAAAUUGCUAAAUACUGUAAGGUUUUUAAUCACGCGUAAAUACUGUACUUACUUGGAAAAAUGGGACAAGAAUCGUCUUCACACUUAGAACUGGAACAUUUGAUCGGCUACUCAUUCAGAAGCAGGGGAUUUCUAGAUAAGGUCAGUUCUCGUGAUGUCCUGGACGGCAAACGUUACGAACUUUUGGGGGACGCCUUAAUAAAAUUUACCCUAAUGGACCAUCUUUCUCGAAAAUAUCCAGACUGGAAUGAUUUCAAAAUUUCAAACAAGUUGGACCUUCUCCUUAAUCGAGACCGGAGUAAAGAAAUCGUUGAUAAUUUUCAUCUCAAAAAAUUCGUCAAUAUGGAAAAAUCCGAUAAACUAAUCCUUGAUUCCUUGAUUGGUGUCAUCUAUGUCGACGGGGGCGGUGAGGGGGGCGCUGGAUGCAAAGCGGUUAAAAAGGUCAUCUACAAACUGUGGCAAUUAGGAGAUGGUGCACCGGAAACAAAAAAAUAUUGGAAUCGUUCACUUUUCCAUGCUGUCAAAAUUAAUCGAGAAUGUUUCUAAUGAAAUCAGUAUCCUACCAAUGCAAUUGCGUAUUUAUUUGAAUUGAAUGUUAUAUAAUAAAACCAAAAAAUUAAACGUUUAUGCUUUUGUAAAUAUGUAUAAUUUGUUGUGUAUUUAUUUCAGACAUAAGUGUAUCAAUACAUAUUCUGAACAAAUUAAUUUAUGGGGAUUUCAGAUUUAGGCGUAAUAUAUGUACAUAUUUGUAACCUUCUAGUUAAACGGUUUUACGUAAAUGGAUUACGUUCACGCUACAUUGAUGACCAGCGUCGUGAAUGUCACUUAUCCAAAUAAAUUGUUAUAUGGACUUUGUAUGUAUGUAUACUACAAUAAAUAGUUUACGCAAAAUUAAGAAAUAACGCAUUGAUUUCGAAUGUAUUUAAUGCAAACGUGUAGAAAAAUUUUAAAUAAUGGUAACAUGUAUGUAAAUCAUUACCGGUAAGGUGAUAAGGAGCAUUAAUGCUGUUCAGGAAUGUAUGUGCAUAAAGUAUUAUAAAUCGAGUAUUAAAUUUCUACCAUGUAAUAUCGGCACAUAAUAUGUAUAUGGGUAAAUAUUAAAUACCUUGGCAGGUCGCUAAAGGUUCAGAUUUGCAUAUACGGUUAGGAAAUAUUCCGACCAUUAAACUUGUCAAACGUGUUAGAUUUUUCUAAAGCAAAUAUUAACAAGUAUGUAGUCGCAUGGGGUGAAAUAAAUAUCAAGUCCUGUCUUCGCUAUAGGGUUUUAAAAAAAUUGGAUUGGCAUAAUUUCUACCUGUUUAAAUUUUUCCAAUUUUUCCACCAAAUAUGAAAUGCGGGUUAAUGAAUGCAUAAACCGGUCGGAACAUUAUGAAACGUUCGUAUGUAAGUCGGCAUUGCAGGUCAUGAAACAAAAUUAACUAGAACUUUUCUCAGUAACUGUCUGACGCUAGACGGGUGACGAUUGGCACUUGGAUCGUAAUACGUGUUGAGUGGAUAAUAUUUUAAAAUAAUGAAGUUGGCAUUAUUCUUUACCGCCACAAUGGCCUUGAUAUCUGGUUUAGAGUCGAACCAUAAUAUGCAUAAAAAUUACUCCAACUCGUUCCUGAAAUCCACGAAGAAUUGGCUGGAUGGAAAAUUUUUGACUGAUUCGAACCCUGGAGACUACACGAAACCAUCGUCCCAAUUGGAGGACGGGAUGCACAAACGGGAAAUUCGAGACAUCCAGUUGAUCAAGGAAUAUGGGAUUUCGCUGUUGAAGACUGGGAGACUGAUCGUGAAGGGAGGCAGUAUCUUCAGCCUGGACAAUGUCGGCGGGAUCCGUGGCACGACCAAAUGGACAAAUUCCUACUCAGCUACUUCAUCGCAACUCAGUAUGGUGGAUAUCGUAUUAACCCUGAACACGCUCCAGGCCAAGCUAAUGUACCAAGUAACGGGAAUCUACUUAGCUCACCCUUUUGUGUGUGUACCGCACCCAAAUGUACCAGCUACGCCCCACAAUACGAGUGUGGACCUGGACGUGUCUGCAAAUUUCUAGACGCAUGUGGGUGGAGGUGCCAAGGGGGAUUUUUGGAAUUGUGUGUAUCAAUUUAAAUUCUGAACAGCCUGUGUGAUGUGAUACUCACCAUGACGAUGAGCAAGACACGGACUUCUCUUGAUGAAUAAAUGCAAUAAAAAAUUUAAA